GGGGUAAUCAUUCGUCGGGAUGUCUUUAUUUUUGUGAAAAUGUGCCAUGGAUAAAACACGAAAAGUUAUUAAAUCACCCUCUGUGAAGAGACGGAGCAGGAUUACGCCGAUCAACCAGCGGGUGACCCUUGAGAGGGUACUAGGGUUGACCUCGGCCAGUAAUGCUGCAUUUGCAUGUGACCCAAACUCUGGGACCAUUGCCUACACAGCUGGGUGUGUAGUGGUCCUUAUUAACAAAGGCAAGCAGUCACAUAUACUCAACUUCUCAAAGAAAACCCUCACAUCGCUUGCAUUUUCGCCAGAUGGGAAGCACAUUGUCACAGGGGAGAGUGGACACCAGCCAGCAGUACGGGUGUGGAAUGUGGAGGAAAAAUCACAAGUUUCGGAGCUCCAUGGACACAAGUUUGGUAUCAAUUGUGUGGCAUUCUCACCCAACCUGAAGUACCUGGUGUCGGUCGGCUCACAACAUGACAUGAUUGUCAAUGUCUGGAACUGGAGGACUGCAACCAAGGUGGCAUCCAACAAAAUCUCCAGCAAAGUGAAUGCUGUAGACUUCUCUGAGGAUGGUUCCAUGUUUGUAACUGUAGGAAACAGACAUGUGAAAUUUUGGUACCUGGACAGCAGCAAAUCACGGAUCAACGAGACAGUACCUCUACAGGGCCGAUCUGGGAUCCUUGGCACACAGAAAAACAAUUUCUUUUGUGAUGUUGUGUGUGGAAAAGGGAGAAAAGCAAAAAGUGUCUUCAGCAUCACACAGUCUGGGCUGUUGUGUGAAUUCAACGAAAAACGUCUGCUUGACAAAUGGGCGGAGUUGCGGACGCCCAGUGCAAGCUGUCUGGCAGCCGGAGAGGAUCACAUCUUUGCUGGCUGUGCUAAUGGUGUAGUGAGGGUAUUCAGUGCAAGGAACCUACACUUCCUUGUUUCACUGCCACACCCUCAUCAUCUUGGAGUAGAUGUGGCCUCCGUUCUUAGUCCCAGUCAGAUUCUGCCGAGUAAAGAGGGUUCCAAGUUUCCAGACACAAUUGCAUUGGUUUAUGAUGACUUGCACCAGAAGACAACGUGUAUCUAUAACGACCACAGUGUAUAUGUAUGGGAUGUCCAUGAUGUAAAGAAAGUGGGCAUUGUGAGGUCAUUCCUCUACCACAGUUCCAGUAUUCUGGGCCUUGAGGUGGCACCCCCUGUUCAGGAUGGUACAACACCAGUGCUGCCCCCUGGAUCUUUCAUUACAUGCUCCACAGAUGACACUAUACGUAUUUGGAAUCUUGAGAAUCAUAUGACAGAAACAAAAUUUUAUAAACGCAAUGUAUUUUCAAAUGAACUGCUGAAGAUUUGUUACAUUGAUCCCUCCAUGAUGUCUUUACGGGACGUCGACUAUAACCCAGCUGGAGGCACUGACAAGACAGAUACAAACUAUGAUGGCAAAAAUGGUGUGCGUUCACUCUGUAUCAGUCCGGAUGGACAGCAUCUUGCAUCAGGAGACCGGAUUGGCAAUGUAAGGAUCCACGAUCUACAGACGAUGAAGGAGAUCCACUCUAUAGAGGCACAUAAUGGGGAGGUGCUGUGUCUUGAGUACUCGCGCGUCAGUACUGGUCCAAAGCUUCUGUCCUCCACUAGUCGUGACAGACUGGUCCAUGUGUUCGACCCAGAACAGAGAUAUGGUCUGCUUCAGACACUCAAUGAUCACUCAGCAUCUGUUACUGCUGUCAAGUUUGUUGACACAGACAGCCAAUUGAAAAUGCUGAGUUGUGGAGCAGACAAAUCACUUUUAUUUAGGAAUGCUCAGAUGAGUCCUGAUUUCCAGUUUUCACUAAACCAGCAUUUGGUGGCUAAGACAACACUGUAUGACAUGGCAGUUGACCCUACACAGAAAUUUGUGGUGACAGCUUGUCAGGACAGAAAUAUCAGAAUCUACAACAUAAAGACAUCCAAGCAGAAGAAACAUUACAAAGGUUCCCUAGGAGAUGACGGCACUCUAACCAAGGUUCAACUAGACCCCUCAGGGAUAUAUGCUGCCACUAGCUGUACAGACAAGAACUUGUGUAUUCUGGACUUCUGCACUGGGGAGUUAAUGGCCACUAUGUAUGGACACUCGGAGAUGGCUACUGGCAUCAAAUUCAGCUAUGACCUGAAGCACUUCAUUUCUGUCUCAGGGGAUGGGUGUAUAUUUGUGUGGCGCCUGUCAGGAGAAAUGUCACGGCAGAUGCAGGACAGACUUGAAGAACUUGGGCAGUUACCUGAAGAAGCCAUAGCUAACCCAAUGAACAGAACUGUUACCAUUGAAAACCCUGUACAGAAGGAGGCAGAGUUCAAGACACCAACAAGGAUCCUGGCAGAGUUGACCCGGCAGAUGGAGGAAGCGAGAGCAGACAGUCCACCCGAAAAACCUUCUAUGGACUAUAGAUUCUCUGUUGGUCAGCUGCCAAGUUGGGCCAAGUCCAAGGGAGAUAAAUCUAAGGAUAAUAAAAGUGGAGAGGAGCAGGGUUCAAACCUGCCAAAGGGUCGCUGGGCUCAGAGGGUGGACAACAAGGGCAUAAUGGCCCAGCUGGAUGGGAAGACUGUAGAACUAGACCUUGGUACAGAUUGUAACACGAGAAAAGCAGGGUAUGAUGAUGUUGAUGCUCGCCGAGAGACAAUGGUCGUGUCACAGCCCGAAAAUACACCCAGGAAAAUACCAGUCAUAUUCGAUGAUGAAAAUGAAGAUGAAGAUGAGGAUGAUGAUGAUGAUUUCUUCCCUUCAUUCCACAAAAAGAAAAUAUGGGAUGAGAGUCCCAGAUUUACUCGUCGUAACAGUGUAGAUGACCUGGAUGAUGACCUUGACAAAGAACCAGAGGUCAGAUACUACCCUCCUAGUGAGGUGGACUCUGUUGAAAGUAAUGGCAGCUUCUUCACGGUAUUUGGGGGAGACAAAGAGAAAAACUCUUCACAGCUUUCUGGUCCAGAAAAAGGACUUGAUGCAGACUCUGAGAGUACGGAUCCCGUGUCUAUGGAGGAUACUGAGGAGGAUGAUGAUUCCAUGAGUAUACCCUCCAACCCAACCACGCCAUCAGAGGAGUUUAACCUGAGGACUCCAGACAGGUUAUCCACCAUCAUUGAGGAAAAGUUCCUGAAGGACCGCUUUGAGAAUUUGAACUUUACCCCAGCAGUGUCAAUAGACAAAUUCCAGGAGAGGCUUGAUGAGAUUGAAUCAAACAUGGCAGAUGACACACAGCCUCAGAUGGCGGGUAACUCGCGCAUCAGUAUCUCCACUCGCUUUUUGUCCCGAGCUCAGCAGGCAAACAUCAAAAACAUGGUGGUGUACAACAGUAUACAGAGACAGGACAACUGGUUUGAUUCUGUACAGAAAAGGAAGGAUGAAAUGGCCAGAGCUGUUGAUGAGACAAGAAAGCGUUUGCUCGCUAUGGGAUGGAAUGACAAGACCAGUCCAGAGACUGAGCUACCAGGCAAGGACAACCUGCCAUCACCACCAGUCAAGCUGCCUGCAGACCCUGAACCUGAUAUCUUUGAUGACCUGAUGCAGCAGACCACACCUACCAACAAGAAAUCAUCACCAAUGAACACCCCACCUUCAAACAGUGGCCCUCAUACAUCAAAAUCGUUGCGUCGCUGUUGGUCAAGCUUUGACCUUCCAAAGACACCUAUAUUUGAGGAGAAGCCAUCUUGUUUGCAUAGUGCCUCCAAUCCAAACACUCCAGUCAUCAAGACUCAGGGUAAAAAAGCGUCCAUGUGUCGAAUAGGCACAACUGCCUCUUCUACUAAACCUAGGCCAUCAUGGCGCAGCCGGAUCCCCACUCCUACUGCACUUUCUGCGCGCCAGGCUCAGACUCAAGCUAGCUCAAACAGGGAAGCUUUGAAAGCGCUGAGACUUUUGAUCAGUCAUUUCUUUUACUCAGUUUGUGCAUUGCUGAUGUUAACACAUCAUGUAACCAGGAGGAGAGCUACCAUUUGGGACAGCCGAUCAUCAACAAGUGAGGACAGCAGCGAUCAAAAGACACCCACUAAUAAGUCCCCUAGUCGCAGGUCACGUCCCUCCACUCUAACUCUGGAACGGGAGAAAAAGCGACGAGAGGCUAGUGUGGAAGUGCCCAUUAGGGGUGGAGAAAAGAAGGUGACACCUAGAUCACAGUCUCAAAGCUCCCUCUAUAGGCAAACAGAAAGCUCCAAAGCCAAGAAGUCAAUGGGUUCCUCCAACAGUCUAGCACAGCAGGACAGACAGACACCCAAACAUUCCUCCAAUCUCACCAAAAGUACAUCCAUGACAAAUUUGAGCGGUGGUGAACGUCUGUCACUGCCAAAGUCACGACCUCGUAUGGAGGCCAAGAAACUCUCCUCACUUUACACUUCAACUCCAAACCUCUUACAGGCCUUAGACAAAAACUCAGACUGCGAUGAUAUUCCAUCUAAAUUAAAAGUGCAAUCAGACAUAAGUUUAUCAGAUAGUGACCUUCUUGAUGAGGAUAUUCCAAAGACAACUUCAAAGAAGGGUUCUCAAGCAAGGACAUCCACUUCCAAGUCUCCGGCAGAUGUGAAACGCAGCUCCAUGGGUGGUGUUGUGUCUAAGAGUGUACGGAGCAGUAGUGCCACACGGGCUGGCAGGUUAUCUCUGCCAGCCUCACCCGCAGUUAGUGCAGACAAUAGAACUGUGAAAAAGUCUUCUGUGCUCAAAGAGGACAAAGAUCUGAUGCCCCCUCCCUCUAAAGGUGUGGUUUCCAAGGGUAAACAAGACACCUUCAUGAGGAGGGCAGUUCAGUCUAAUCGUAAAGGUGUGUCAGAACUUACCCUGGCUCAGGCUAAAGACAUUUUGUUGGGGAAAUCAGGAAUUUUGGGAUCAAACUCAAGAUCCUCCACGAACACUUCCUCAACAGUAACAACCACAUCAUCAUCCACUAAGUUGUCUCAUUCGAAACCAUCGGCAUGUUCAACAAAGUCAUCUACAAAACCGUCUACUAGUAAACAAUCUGUACAUUCGUCGACAUUCCCAAAGUACUCGGUGGCUAACACUAGUUCUGUGUGUACAACCAGUGUUGCCAUGACAGCCAUCUCAUCGUCUUCCAUGACAAAUUGUAUUACCUCUAAUUCCUUGUCUCCAAGGUCACUGCAAAAGGAAGCUAACCACCGACAGAUAGCAACAGAGAUAGAGUCAACUGCAGCUGAGAUACGCAGCAAAAACAUAAUGGAAGCUGCCUUCCAGAAUUUGUCUGUGCUAGACGCCAGUCCUAAUGAUUUACCUGAAAGGGACCUGCCCCAGGUGUCCUCUCUUUCAAAAUCUCCAGUUGUGUCUGGUACCAAUGUGAUAUCAACUCCUAAAUGGAGAGACCUUUAUUCUGAGGAUGUGAAUAAGGUAGUAACAGAUGAUUAUGUGAACCAACCAUCAGGAACACAGGAAGAAGAAGAGGAGAAUGGUCUGGCACACUCCACCAGUAUCAAGGAGAGGAUAGCAAUGUUGCAGUCUCACUCCUCUCCGCAGUCUAGUCCUCGAUCCACCUCCACAGCCCAUAUCACACUUACCCCCAGUAAAUCCCCAGGCUCCACCCCAUGUGUCGCCAAAUCUGGGUCUCCUGUCAGCUCAACACUCAGCCCACGCAGUUCCUCUGGUAUUGGCUCAAGCCUUGACUCAGAUGUUGCCUCCAAAUUGUUUGCCUCGCCUGGCAGCAGCCUAAGUCCUCAUAGUAACUAUCACAUAGCUUAUGAUAUAUCUGACUCUGAUGAGGGGUCAGAAAAGUCACCACCUCAGGAUACCACUGUACAGUCCUCUUCAUUCAGUUCAGAGCUCGAUUUUACUGGUAAAAGGUUAUCACUGAGUAAAGCACUAGAGGCAGUACAUGGGGGUGAAGGUAGUAGUCGCGACUCUCCAGCAUCAGUAACAUCCAGUAACCAACCUGACUCUUCUACUCCCACCAAUUUGACCUCUAACCUCCAGUCAGACUGGCCCACAUCCAGUACCAGGUCAACACCUUCGUCUGUCAUUUCCAACCGGUCAACUCUGAAUGACUCGCCUAAUGCCACCAAUGGGUUCACACCCAUCAGUCCCCGCAAACAAGAUUAUCUUCAGAUAUGUUUGGAGGCAGUUAAAGAACUAAGACAGUCAGUGAAUAAGGUUUCAGAUCUGUAUGAUCAGGUCUAUUCUAGUAGUGACAACAAGUCAAGUGAAGCUGCAUCAAUUCUAGUAGAAGCUGUCAAAGAAAACAGACAGACAUUUUCUGAUCUCUUGUCUCGAACUUGUGACCAAGAGGAUUUUUCUAAGAGCAGCACAAUGCCAGGGACUAUUCCAAAGGAGGUGUUAGAACCAAUGCUUUCUAGCUUUGGUGACCAACUGUUAGAGCGCUUUGAGAAGCUGGUCACACAAAAACUUCAGGCAGAGAAACAGUAAACUGUUGACCUAUUUUGACCCAUAAAUUUUCAUUAUGAUACAAUGGAUGAGUCAACAAAUUUACUUUCUAGCAGAGUCUAUAAACUCAUUCACAUGGCAGAGUCAACAAAUUUACUUUCUAGCAGAGUCUAUAAACUCAUUCACAUGGCAGAGUCAACAAAUUUACUCACAUUCUGGCUGAGUCAGUAAACUCUUUCACACUAUGGCCUAUAAUUUGUAAUUCCGAGAGUAAAUUAUGGAAAAACUGGUGACAGAAAACGAUAGAUUUUGUUCCCCCUUUCCUCUUGCCAAAAUAAUAAAUAUAUUUUUGUUCUUUCCACGUGCUGAAAUUCUUUGUUUUGAUACAUGUGAUAAUUUGGCCCCAUUUAAUAAGCUUAACAAAAUGUGACGUGUUUGCAAAUUUUGAUCUAGUCAGUAUUAAAAAACAUUUUCUUUUUAGAAAUAACAAAAUUAUGUGAAGAAAAGAAACGAGAUGGUAAAAGACUUGUAACUAAUUCUCAAUAAGAUUGACUUGAAUUGAUGUGAUGUUUGAUUUGAACAAUCGGGCACUGAUUGUUCGAAGCCUGACUGGGUUGUGCGUUAUUCUGGUUGUGUUAACAGAUAUGGACAAGGAUAUUUUUGUCCAUUAAGUGUGAAUAUAUUGUUUUCUUCGAGUCUGUGAACCAUUUCUCAGAUAGAUCAUGUGGUUUGAUCUUACAAUGCUCAAGACUAUUUCAUUAUAAAAUAGUUCUUGGUUGACUGGGAGUAAGGGCUUGCCUAGCUUAUAGUCAUGUUUCAUUGUAAUUACUCUUACUUCACCCUGUCUAUUUAUUUGUACAGCCAUAUAAACAUUUAUUUUUGUAUGUGUGUGUGAGAUUCCAUCAACAUGGAAUGAACAGGUUCGUAUAAAUGAUCUCUACUGUGUAGUGAACUGUAUAGAUGGUGACAGUGUCACAAUGGUGUUUGCAAGUCACCUACCUUAGUAAAGAAGGAUGUGAUGAUUAUCACCUCUAUGGUGACCAGUGUGUUACCUGUCCUAGUGAAGAAGGAUGUGAUGAUUGUCACCUCUAUGGUGACCAGUGUGUUACCUGUCCUAGUGAAGAAGGAUGUGAUGAUUGUCACCUCUAUGGUGACCAGUGUGUUACCUGUCCUAGUGAAGAAGGAUGUGAUGAUUGUCACCUCUAUGGUGACCAGUGUGUUACCUGUCCUAGUGAAGAAGGAUGUGAUGAUUGUCACCUCUAUGGUGACCAGUGUGUUACCUGCCCUAGUGAGGAAGGAUGUUAUGAUUGUAGCCUACAUGACAAGUGUGUGUGUGUGCAUGUGCGUGUGCGUUGCCGAAGUGAGCAAGGGUGUAAUGACCUAGUCAUUUGUGUUUCGUGUUUGCCAAAGCAAUAGUGAUGCAUUGUUAGGUAACAAAAUGUUGCUGAUAUAGUUUCCUGUUUAGAGAAUACUAGCAGCAGUUCCAUUCCACAGAUUUCUAUCCUGUAGCUUUUUUUGCUGUGAUUUAUCUCCAUGUUGAUUUGCAUUUAUGACUAACAAAUUUCUAAUGUAUGUGUAUGUUAUAAUGUUAUUUCUGGUACUUAUUUUCCUUAUGAUAGGAGUAAGGAAUGUGAUCGUUUCUACUGAGACUGAACACAACACAGGAGAAAUACCUUGUACAGUAAACAUAUCAUACCUCAGCAAGUCUUCCAAAUGGCCUGCCAUGUUGGCAUUUGUAUCCCUAUUUUGUGAUAAAACAUUCUACUACCAUGUCUGAUUUAACUAGUGUACAGCCUUCUUAUCAUUUCUAUACAUAAGCAUACUUCAGAUUAUUAAAAAAUGGCAUAUGUUGUUAUGAUUGAUUGAAAGUAACAUGAAGAUUGUUGUUCUAUUUGUAUGUUUUUAAAUAUUGUUUAGCAAAUACAUGUAGUUUCAAAGGAUUUAUUAACUACAGAUAUUUUAGAACACAACAAGUACAUGUUAUGAUUAAAAAGCUAAAAUUUGUGUUGUUAGUUCUUGUAAAAACUAUUUCUUUUUUGAUCACAUGAGUUGAUGUGUUUACGGUACCAAGGUUGUAAAAAUGUUUUGUAAAAUCUUUUGACUUGUUACUUAUUGUGCAAUAUAUCAAACUGUAAACUUGUGUUUCCACCACAAUUUGAACAAAUAAACAGUUGAUACAUUUUCACGUGAUAGUGAAACAUGUACAAUUCCACACAUGCCAAAUCUUUUUACCCGACUGCCAAUUAUGUGAGGUUUUGCUUUCCCCCUAUCAGCCAAAGUAAAUGAUUGUUAAUGUGAAAAUUGCUUCUCUCUAGAGUGAAUGUGAGCAGUGAAAAAGUGUUGUUGAUUGAAUUUAUGACAUUUGUUUUCACAUUAUUAUUGGUUGGUGUUACAUUUAAGCAAAAUUUCUUUACUUGUCUCAAAGAAAAGUUUUCUUUAUUUAUCAGACAUUGAAGAACUAGGACAAACUGUUUUUGUGAUCAAAAUAUUAGCACUACAUUUCAUUAGCUUAAAAAAAAACCAGUCACGAUUUGUGUUAGAUUUACCAAGAAAGGUUGUGUUGUCAUUUUCUUUUGGUCUUCCAAUACACUGUGAUCAAUACUUUUUGUUGGUGCAAGAUGUUUUCAUUGGUAAAGUGCUAUCAUAUCACUUCUCUUUUAUCACUAAUUUUAUCUCGUACAUCAAAGUAUUUUAUAACAAAUUUUAAUAAAUGGGACCAUCGCCAUUCAGGGUAGUCACGUAUCCUGUACCAGCCUCGCUAGAGCUGCUAUUAAGGCAAAGUCUCUGCGUUAUCACCCCUACUACAUAUUGUACAUACCACCAACAAUCAGAUUUUUGAGGGAAGGUGUGAUUGUAAAUGAUUUGUUUACAGGAGAAUCCUAUUGGGAAACUGUGGAAUUUAAAUGAGAAGAAAACUAUGGUUAUACUUUAUAUAUAUACAACGUAAUAACAUAGCUAUGCAAGACCUACCACAGUCUCAUUCCAUCGAGGUAUGCAAAUUUAGCUAGAUGCAUUUCCGUGUUUGUAUUAUUUGUAAAUAUAUUGUGACUUUAUGAAACAACAGUGUACAGAAUAAACUUUUGUAUAAGAUUUCAA